GACGCGGAUGGCAUAUCUCCUCCUAUUUGGAAUGGUACCAGUUUCAUUCCUCCAGAAUGCGCCGUUAAUCAAACUUGCCCAUACGGUCUUAUGAAUUACUUCCAGAUUAUGGAAAUGGAGUCCCUCUGGGGACCAUUGAUUACGGCUGGAAUUUUCGCGGCCACCCUCAGCUCAGCUCUUGCAAGUCUUGUCAGCGCACCGAAAGUAUUUCAGGCUGUUUGCAAGGACCGCCUGUUUCCAAAGAUUGGAUACUUUGCAAAAGCAUUUGGGAAAAAUGAAGAACCCAGAAGAGCGUACGUCCUUACGUUCAUCAUAGCUAUGUGUAUUAUCGGCAUAGGAGAUUUGAACGCCAUCGCUCCUAUCAUAUCCAACUUCUUUCUCGCUUCCUAUGCGCUCAUUAAUUAUGCUUGUUUUGAUGCAUCAUUUGCGGAUUCGCCAGGUAAGCAGCAUCACAAUCCAUUGAUUAUUAUUGUGAGAAGUUAG